CUCUCGGUUACACGUCAGUUGUGCACGCACCAGCUUCACGCUUCAAUUCGCUCCUUUUCAAAGCGUUUAUCUGAUUAUAGUAGAUUAUCAUUGAAAAAAUGGCCCCUAAUCCACCGAAACCGCUUGCUAACCCACCGAUAAAAUACACGAAGAUCUUCAUAAACAACGAAUGGGUUGAUUCUGUAAGUGGAAAAAAAUUUCCAACUAUCAAUCCUUCGACGGAAAAACUUAUCGCCGAAGUCGCCGAGUCAGAUAAAGCUGAUGUGGAUAACGCCGUAAAAGCAGCAAGGAAAGCGUUCGAACGUGGUUCCGCUUGGCGCAGCCUUGAUGCAUCGGAACGUGGAAGGCUUUUGUAUAAGCUAGCCGAGCUGAUCGAAGAAAACGUAAACGAAAUCGCUAGCUUGGAAUCUUUAGACAAUGGCAAACCAUUUGACAAUUCUUACGUUCAGACACUCGACGCUGUCAAGUUCGUGCGUUAUUACGCCGGUGCGGCUGACAAGAUUCACGGCAAAACUAUUCCAACGGACGGGAAAGAGUUCGUUCUUACGCGCAAGGAGCCACUGGGCGUUGUCGGUAUCAUCAUACCAUGGAACUAUCCGGUGGUACUUUUGAGUUUCAAACUAGCCAUGGGUCUGGCAGCGGGCUGCACACUAGUCAUAAAGCCAGCCGAACAAACACCACUGACCGCUUUAUACGUCGCGCAUUUGACCAAAGAGGCAGGAUUCCCAGCUGGAGUCGUCAACAUACUUCCAGGCUACGGACCUACCACCGGUGCUGCUAUUUCCAGUCAUCUCGACAUCGACGGUGUUAGUUUCACCGGUUCAACUAUUGUUGGUAAAAUGGUACUCGCAGCAUCCGCCAAUUCAAAUUUGAAAAAAGUUGGCCUUGAAUUGGGAGGCAAGAGUCCGUUGGUGGUAUUUGACGACGCUAAUUUGGAAUUGGCGUUGCAGUUUGCUACUAUGGCUUUGUUCAUGAACGCCGGUCAAACCUGUUUAGCUCCAACUCGAGUUUUUGUUCAGGCUGGAAUUCACGAUGUAUUUGUAAAGAAGUACGUCGAGAUCGCUUCUAAAAUAAAAGUUGGAGAUGCUUUCGAGGCUGGUGUGUUUCAAGGGCCACAGAUCGAUACGAAAGGUUUCAACAAAGUAUUAUCGCUCAUCGAAGCUGGCAAAAAAGAAGGUGCAAAAUGCGAACUGGGAGGCAAUCGCAUUGGAAAAGUUGGUUACUUUGUAGAACCGACCGUUUUUAGCAAUGUCACCGACGACAUGACCAUUGCUAAAGAAGAGAUUUUCGGUCCGGUACAAAGUAUUUUUAAAUUUGAUACUUUAGACGAAGUAAUCAAACGUGCCAAUGAUACAACUUACGGAUUAGCCGCUGGAGUCUUUACUGAAAAUCUUAAUACUUCCUUGGAAUUUUCCAAAGCUGUCCAAGCUGGCACUGUAUGGGUCAAUCAAUGGGGCGCCGUACAUCCUCAAGCACCCUUCGGCGGCUACAAAAUGUCUGGUUUAGGUAGAGAAAUGGGAAUGGAUUCAUUGGACGAAUUUUUGGAAACCAAGACCAUUAACAUUAGCGUUCCAACCAAUCAUUGAACACAUAUUUAUUGUUUUGUUACGAAUACUAGUAAUUGUCAAUUGCUAAUGAAUGACUUUUCUCUAUAAAAUUUCAUAAAUAAAAAGUUUUAUUACUGUUGUUUACCAAUAUUA